AGAGAGAAAAGCAGCUUUUGGCGCGGCCGGAGAGUUUUUCCCGGCGUCGUUCUCCGUGAAUAGCCAGCUCUCUUCCUGCGCAGAAAGCCUCCUUUCCCCGCUGAGAUUUGCAUCGCUACGCUUCGGAGCGGACUGACUGCGGCUCUGCUUUUUUCUAUCCUGCUUUUCUAAAAAAAGGCGCCAAUCUUUGCAUCUGCACGGGGAUCCGGGAAGCAGGGAACGAAGGAUCCGUUUUGCACGAGAUACAGCCACAAUGUGGAUCCAAGUGCGCACCAUGGAUGGGAAAGAGACACAUCGAGUGGACUCCCUUUCCAAGCUAACGAAAGUGGAAGAGCUCCGGCAGAGGAUCCAUGAAGUUUUCAGGGUGGUGCCUGAUAGGCAAAGGCUCUUCUACAGAGGCAAACAGAUGGAAGAUGGUCACUCCCUUUUUGAUUACAGUGUUAACUUGAAUGACAUUGUUCAACUGUUAGUAAGACAAAGCCCUGCUCUCCUGCCCCUGGUGAACAAAGAGAAAGAUUCUGAACUUUCGGACACGGACUCUGGCUGUGGUUCAGGCCAAAGUGAAUCUGAUAAAAGCUCCAAUAAUGGGGAAGGAGCUGUGGAGAUGGAGGGGCAAUCCAGUACUGCGGUUCGGACUGACUUGGUGGACCCAGGCUUUGGAUUCUAUAAGAUUAAUGAGUUGGUAGAUGCUCGAGACACAAGCAUGGGGGCCUGGUUUGAAGCCCAAGUUGUCAAUGUGACUCGGAAAGGAAAAUCAGCAAACAAGGCAAGUGAAAGUGAUGAGGAAUCCAAUUUGGAAGAAGCUGUUCCUGAAGAGGACAUUACAUAUCAUGUGAAAUAUGAAGACUAUCCAGAGAAUGGUGUCAUCCAGUUGAACUCCAAAGAUGUGCGUGCUCGUGCCAGGACGAUUCUAAAAUGGGAAGAGUUAGAAACUGGAGAUGUUGUCAUGUUGAAUUAUAAUCCCGAUGAUCCAAAAGAGAGGGGGUUUUGGUACGAUGCUGAGAUCCUACAGAAGCGGGAAACAAGGACUUACAAAGAGUUAUAUGCCAAGAUCGUUCUUGGUGAUGGUGGAGAUACCCUGAAUGAUUGCCGAAUUGCUCUGGUGGAUGAGAUUUACAAGAUUGAAGAACCAGGCUGUGCUGUUCCUCUUACUGCAGAAAGUCCCCUAAAAAGGCAAAGUGGGCCAGUGUGCAAGCAUUGUAAAGACAACCCAAACAAAACCUGCCGGAUGUGUGCCUGCCACAUAUGUGGUGGGAAAGAAGACCCAGAAAAACAGCUAAUGUGUGAUGAGUGUGACAUGGCUUUCCACAUUUAUUGUCUUAACCCCCCUCUUAGCAGGAUACCUGAUGAUGAGGACUGGUAUUGUCCUGAAUGCCGAAAUGAUGCAAGCGAGGUGGUUUUGGCGGGCGAGAAGCUGAAGGAAAGCAAAAAGAAAUCUAAAAUGGCAUCUGCUAACUCGUCUUCUCAGCGGGAUUGGGGCAAGGGCAUGGCAUGCGUAGGCCGCACAAGGGAAUGUACCAUUGUGCCAUCCAACCAUUAUGGGCCCAUCCCUGGGGUUCCGGUGGGAACCAUGUGGAAAUUCAGAGUGCAGGUGAGUGAGUCGGGCGUCCACAGGCCUCACGUCGCAGGUAUUCAUGGCCGAAGCAACGAUGGAGCCUAUUCUCUGGUUCUGGCAGGCGGAUAUGAAGAUGAUGUAGAUCAUGGAAAUUCUUUUACUUACACGGGAAGUGGAGGCCGUGACCUUUCUGGGAACAAACGUACAGCUGAACAGUCUUGUGAUCAAAAACUUACAAAAAUGAACAGAGCUCUGGCCCUGAACUGCAGCGCUCCGAUUAAUGAUAAAGAGGGUGCUGAAGCAAAGGACUGGCGAGCCGGCAAACCAGUCCGGGUGGUACGGAAUGUGAAGGGAGGCAGAUACAGUAAAUAUGCCCCCACAGAUGGAAACCGCUACGAUGGGAUCUAUAAGGUAGUUAAAUACUGGCCUGAAACAGGGAAAUCUGGCUUCUUGGUCUGGCGCUAUAUGCUCAGGAGAGAUGAUGAGGAGCCGGCCCCUUGGACCAGAGAAGGCAAAGAGAGGAUGAAGAAGCUUGGCCUCACCAUGCAGUAUCCUGAAGGGUAUCUGGAAGCCGUUGCAAACAAAGAUAAAGAAAACAGCAAGAAAAUAGAAGUAGAAACCCCAGGACAAGGGAAGAGGAAAAGGAAAUCUGGAAAUGAAUCGGAUCUUUGUGUCUCUCCUGCUGCUACACCAAAGAAAACUAAAGUGGAGGUCUACAAACUUACACCCCAGCAGAAGGCUCUUAUUAAAGACGACGAAGCCAAUACAAAGUUGUGGAAUGAAGCACUAGAAGCCCUUAAGGAUGGACCGAAAUUCCUGAACAAAGUGGAAGAAACCUUUCUGUGCAUUUGCUGCCAGGAGGUGGUUUUUCGACCAAUCACCACGGUGUGCCAGCACAACGUAUGUAAGGAUUGCCUGGAUCGAUCUUUUCGCGCAAAAGUGUACAGCUGCCCAGCGUGCCGCUACGAUCUUGGCAAAACCUAUACAAUGGAAGUGAAUCAACCACUGCAGGAUCUUUUAAAUCAGCUCUUCCCAGGUUACGGCAACGGACGGUGAUUCUGAAAAGCACUUCUAAUUUCCGUUUGAUUUUUGUUAUGUUUUUGUCCUGCCCCUUCAAAAAACUGUUGUGAUUUUGGUGGGGUUUUAUUUAAAUAAAUACCUUUCAGAAAAACUUCUGUCUCCGUUCCCCCACCCCAAGCCCCAGAAAACUAAGGUUCAGGAACUUGCUUAUAUAUAUUUUUGGUAGCAUUUCCAUUGUCAGCUAACAUAAAUAUUGAUGAGAGCAUAGGUUGAAGGGAGCCUUAAAUUGCUUGUUAUCACGUGCUACUAAAUUGGACGGAAUUUCAGUUUGCAAAGGGGUGAAGCAUUCUCUCAUGAAACAGAAAUCCUGUAUGUAGCUUGGUUGCUAGAACAAUCUUCUGAAGCAUAUGGAUUGGGGCCAUAAGUUUGAAGUGUUUUAAUUGUUUUAAGGCAGCAUUUUUGGUGCUUGUGUGUAAUGAUGCUUUGGCUUGGGCGUCCUCCCUGGGUUGUGUUGAGGCCCCGUUGUCCCUGGUUUUAUGUGUGUGUAUUUUUUUAGAAAACAAAAGCUCUUCCUUAUCGACAGCUUGCCUUAAGAGCCUUUAUGCAAAAUGGGUACCUCUGCCUUUGCAUUUACCAGCCAGGUGCUGCUUCCUACUUUUUGUGAUGCCAUUUGGGAACAUAGAAAAGCCAUUUGGAAGGGCCUUUUAAUGGCCCUCUUUACUGAUAGAUAAGCCUGAUCUCUGGGCCAUUAAAAAUAGACUGUACUCCAAGCUGCCAGAAAAUUUUUGUUCUUGGAAUUAUAAAAUGUAAUAUUACCAUUCUAUAUCAUUAGUUUUAGAUAAUCAUCUUGCAGUCCGCAUGUGUGUUUUUUCCUGCUAAUUCUGAAUCUUCUAGUUUGGCUUAGAAUGGAAAACUAGAUAUGUAACUAGUUUUUAAAUGGAAAAUCUUGACUAUAUAUUCAAUGGUCAGUUGGUUCUCACCUCAUCAGUUCCAAAACUCUACAGUGAAUACCUCAGCAUAAAAAAAAAAACAGGGUUGCUAAUAAAUCACCCUUCACAUUGAACAGACUGGAACAAAUGUACUUGUUUUUUGCCUCUUUAUAAAUAUAUAAUUAUGUUCAGAAAAAGUAACUUUUUUAUCUUUCUGAAUUAUGCCAAUUUUGUACAAACAGAAGUUCUCAAAAUAAAAUACA